CUCUCGCACCGGCCUUAUAAAAGGGGGCGUCGCGGGGACAAGCCAAGCCCAAAGGGCUGGAGGCUGUGCUCCGAGGCUUCCUUGCGGCUUCUGCACGCGACUGAGUCUCCGCCAGGGCCCCCGCGUCUGCAGCCCUCGAAUCUCGAGCCCCCGCGUCCGCCCCGCGCCUCCGCGUCCCCGAGUCCCCGAGUCCAGGCCACCCCCGGAAGGAUGCGCUGUGCUCCGACGGCUUCGGCAGCCCUGAUGCUGUGUGCGGCCACCGCCGGGCUGCUGAGCGCGCAGGGCCGCCCGGCGCCUCCUCCCGAGCCGCCGCGCUUCGCGUCCUGGGACGAGGUGAACGUGCUGGCUCACGGGCUCCUGCAGCUCGGCCACGGGCUGCGUGAGCACGUGGAGCGCACCCGGGGACAGCUGGGCGCGUUGGAGCGGCGUCUGGGCGCCUGCGGGGCAGCCUGCGGGGAGUCUGGGGGGUCCGCAGCGCCCCCGCGCGCGCCCGAGGGCCUGCUUCCCAGUGGCGAAGCUGCCCCCGACACCCUCCGCAGUCUGCAGACCCAGCUCAAGACUCAGAACAGCAGGAUUGAGCAACUCUUCCACAAGGUAGCCCAGCAGCAGCGGCACCUGGAGAAGCAGCACAUGAAAAUACAGGAUCUGCAAAGCCAGGUGGGCCUCCUGGCCGCCAAGCACCUGGGCCACGGGAUGGCCAAGCCUGCCAGGAAGAAGAGGCUACCCAAGAUAGCACAGCUCGUAAGCCCUGCUCACAACAUCAGCCGCCUGCACAGGCUGCCCAGGGACUGCCAAGAGCUGUUUGACGAUGGAGAGAGGCAAAGUGGACUGUUCCAGAUCCAGCCUCAGGGGUCCCCGCCUUUCCUGGUGAACUGCAAGAUGACCUCAGAUGGAGGCUGGACUGUAAUUCAGAGGCGCUGGGAUGGCUCUGUGGACUUUAACCAGCCCUGGGAAGCCUACAAGGCUGGCUUUGGAGACCCUCAAGGUGAGUUCUGGCUGGGCUUGGAGAAGGUGCACCGCAUCCUGGGGGACCGUGGCAGCCGCCUGGCUGUGCAGCUGCAGGACUGGGAGGGCAAUGCCGAGUCACUGCAGUUCCCUGUCCACCUGGGCGGUGAGGACACGGCCUAUAGCCUACAGCUCACAGCUCCCGUGGCCAAUGAACUGGGGGCCACCACUGCUGCGCCCAGUGGCCUCUCCCUGCCCUUCUCCACUUGGGAUCAGGACCACGACCUCCGUGGGGACAAGAACUGUGCCAAGAGCCUCUCUGGUGGCUGGUGGUUUGGCACUUGCAGCCAUUCCAACCUCAACGGCCAGUACUUCCGUUCCGUCCCACCCCAGCGGCAGCAGCGUAAGAAGGGCAUCUUCUGGAAGACCUGGCGGGGCCGUUACUACCCACUGCAGGCCACCACAAUGCUGAUCCAGCCCACAGAGACUGAAGCAGCCUCCUAGCCUCCUCCCUGGGGCCUGGUCCCAGGCUCGUAGAGGACAGUGACUCUGACUCUGGCCCAGCAUGUGGCCACUCCCGGCCUCGGCAGGGGCUCAAAACAGGGGCCAUCUGGAGCCUCAUGGACAGAGAAGACGCUCACAACCGGAGAUGCCCCCCUUUCCGAGUGGGGGGCUGCAGGUGAUGCCCUCUGAGGACAGAGCUGCAGGGCACAGACUCCUGGAAGCAUGAGACUGAGAGGCGUUGAGACCCACUCCUUGCCCGCCUGAGGUGUCAGGGACAGAGGGGGACCAUUUGGGGGCAGCCAGGCCAGCCCUCGAUGGCGGAUUCAGUCACAUUGACUGGCUGGGGGACCAGGGCUCCCGUGGGCCCCCAGUACCCUCACAGUGCUCUGGUGUGUGGGUGCUGUGGGA